ACCCUACCCGCUCGAAAUACAAACCCGUUCUCGCAGCUCCAUGUGUGGUAACAGGCUCCUCCGCUACCACACUAUUUAAACAGAGGAUAUGUAUCAAGGAACAAGGGAGAAUCAAUGAGAUCAAACAAGACGCAGAUACUCCAUCAAUUACAAUCACUUGGACAAGUUUAACUUUUUUUUUUUUCCAAGCAUUCUUUUAAAAUCAACCUCAACAACAUUCAAAAAAAAGAAGUCACCUCUACGCAAAAUAGUAUAGGAGAAAAAAAAAUCAGUAUCUAUAUAACAUAUUGCAGGGUCAUAGAUAAAAAUUAAAAAAAAAAACUGGUGACAUUUCAGAAUACCCUUUUCCCCGUCAUUUGACGGUAGAGGGGAAAAUUCUGUUUUCUUAGGGCACCCAAGGGGGCGCAGGGACUAAGGAGAUAGAGGAAAGGGAGAGGGAAGAAGGAGGAGGGUGGUGGGAAGAAGAAAGGCUAAGGUGAGUGGAAGGCACUUCAGCGCAAUGCCAUCCUUUUUGUUACUCAGUUUCUCUUCUUGCGCUGUGCUCAGCUGGGCGCUCCUGGCAAGCGGCGGCGGCAGCAGCAGCAGUAGCAGCGGAAACCGAGAAGGAGGGCUCCCUGUGGUGGAAGAGACACAGAAGAUCGAGAUUCUGGUGCUUCUACCCAAGGACAACGCUUACAUGUUCUCCUUGGCCAGGGUCAAGCCGGCCAUCGAGUACGCACUGCGUAGCGUGGAGGAAAAUGGGACCAGGCGUCAGCUGCUUCCACAGGGCUACAGCUUCCAGGUGGACUAUCAGGAUUCACACUGCGGCAAUCAGGCACUCUUUAGUUUAGUUGACCGUGUGGCAGUUGCCCGAAGGUCUAAACCAGACUUGAUCCUGGGCCCCGUCUGCGAGUAUGCGGCAGCACCUGUGGCCCGGCUGGCAUCGCACUGGGACCUGCCCAUGUUGUCUGCCGGUGCUCUUGCCGCUGGCUUCAAGCAUAAGGAGAGCGAGUUCUCGCACCUCACCCGUGUGGCACCCGCCUACGCCAAGAUGGGAGAGAUGAUGCUCGCCUUGUUCCGGCAUCACCAGUGGAGCCGGGCAUCCCUGAUCUACAGUGAUGACAAGCUGGAGCGGAACUGUUACUUCACUCUGGAGGGGGUCCAUGAGGUCUUCCAGGAGGAGGGUUUGCACACAUCCGCCUACAGCUUCGACGAGACCAAAGCCCUGGACGCAGAAGAGAUCGUGCGCUACAUCCAGGCCAGCGAGAGGGUUGUGAUCAUGUGUGCCAAUAGCAGCACAAUCAGAAACAUCAUGUUAACUGCUCACCGGCAAGGAAUGACCAAUGGGGAAUAUGCUUUCUUCAAUAUUGAACUCUUCAACAGCUCUUCAUAUGGAGAUGGCUCGUGGAAGCGAGGAGACAAACACGACCUUGAAGCUAAGCAAGCGUACUCAUCCCUUCAAACAGUUACUCUACUGAGGACAGUGAAACCUGAGUUUGAGAAGUUUUCCAUGGAGGUGAAAAGUUCUGUUGAGAAACAAGGACUCAAUGAAGAGGAUUACGUUAACAUGUUUGUGGAAGGAUUCCAUGAUGCCAUUCUUCUCUAUGGUCUGGCUUUACAUGAAGUGCUGAGGGCUGGCUAUAGCAAAAAGGAUGGAGGAAAAAUCAUACAGCAGACUAGGAACAGAACAUUUGAAGGUAUUGCAGGGCAAGUAUCCAUUGAUGCCAAUGGAGACAGAUAUGGUGAUUUCUCUGUGAUUGCAAUGACUGAUACAGAAGCAGGUACUCAAGAGGUUAUUGGUGAUUACUUUGGAAAAUUGGGUCGUUUUGAAAUGAGACCAAAUAUAAAGUAUCCUGGGGGACCUAUAAAACUGAGAAUAGAUGAAACCAGAGUUAUGGAGCACACAAACUCUUCUCCUUGUAAAUCAUCAGGUGGCCUGGAAGAAUCAGCAGUCACAGGAAUUGUUGUAGGUGCCUUACUAGGAGCUGGCUUGUUAAUGGCCUUCUACUUUUUCAGGAAGAAAUACAGAAUAACCAUUGAGAGAAGAAACCAGCAGGAAGAAAAUAACAUCGGAAAGCAUCGGGAGUUAAGAGAAGAUUCUAUCAGAUCCCAUUUUUCAGUGGCAUAAGGAAAUCCCUGCCAUUCUUCCUUAAAUGCUUUAAGAAGAUGGAUGGAAUGACAGACAUCAGUGUAAUGAAAGAGGGGCUCUUGAAGAACUCAUUCUUUUACAAAGUUAGCUCAUUUUGUUCUUCAAUUUCUUUAGAAGCUCAGGAAUGAUUUACUAAUCACAUUAUGCCACAUGGCCUUUCAUCUCAUGACAAGCAAAUAUAAAGAUGAAAUGUUAUUCUAUAAGAUCUUUUUAAUUGUUUAGAGGGUCUAUGGAUAUGUUUAUGGUUCUUAGGUUUGACAUCUCUAGAAUUAGAAGACUCUACCAGCCAUGACAAGCAAGGCUAGAAAGCUGUGGUUUCUUGGACUGAAAAGCUGCCUUAUGACCAGUAUAAAAGCAUCUUUACUUAUAGAUUAAUCUUGGAAAAGAUUUAACAUUCAGAACUCUCUUAAUGAGAAAUGGAAAGGUUGGAAAAAACAGUCUCACUCUCUAGAGCUGGGAGGCAGUUUUGGAGCUCAGGACUCACUUGUCCUUCAGCCAAUAUGUGCUGUCAGAUUCGACUACAUGUCUAAAAUGAGGCUCUCCUCCCUGCCUCCCUUCCAGGGAAAAAAAUAAAUGGUAAAUACUAGUGAGGUGUGAAAAGAUUUGUAAGGCCUUUGUAUUGUAUUGUAUUGUAUAGGCCUUUUUUUAAUGGGGAGGGAAAAUUUAUUCCAAAGUAGCAUUUUACUUUUAGGCAUUUUUAUCUUUUUCUUUUGCUAUUAGGAAACAUCUAUCUUUUCACACAUGUUUAAAAUCCAAAAAUAAGAGAAGAAUGAAAUAUUUCUAAAACAUGAGAAAGUGUAUCAACCUAUAAUGCUACAAAAAUGUAUUUCUUGCUAUAUAGAGGCUGAAAGGCAUAUUACUUCUUCUCCUUUCCACUAGCCGUGACUAAAAAAGAGUUGAUCCUUUAAUGAUAAAAAAGCAGAAACAGGUCCCUUUUAAACUUCAAACAACUGGCCUAGCAAUAUAUCAGACACUUGGUUAUUUCCAAGGUACAAAAACUCUUCCUACCAGUACCUGGCAGGAAAUAGGGAUGGGAUUGAGGAUAAAUGUCUAUAAGUACAGGAGGAGAAUUAAUUUUGUAAAUGAAAGGAGACAACUUUUCUUUCUGAAAGACAACUUAUAACCUAACACUAGAGUACAAGUUCUAGAAGACUACUUAUCACCUAAGGUUUAUACCUUACUUGUCACCUCUAAUUUAUAAAUAUCGUGAAAGAUUAUAAUAAGCUAUAUUCAACUUUGAUAUGAAAAGGUAAUCAUUAAAAUAUAUUAAAAUUAUUUGAUAAAAGCAAGAAUGUAAUUAUCUCCUGUGACCCUCCAACUACCCCUAUGGAGCCUUAUGUUUUUCUGGUAAUUCUUGUUUAAUAGCUAGGUAGAUGUGGUAUUGAAAUUUCAAUUCCAUUGAUCAGGUUUUUCCUGUAUUCCCAUGUAGCACAAUCCAUAUUUAAGUGUCAAGAUGCCAUGUAAGCGCUUCAUUUUGGAGAGGUAAACAUCCUAGAAAACUGGGAUUGUUUCACAUGUCUACAUCCUAAAACUGCUAUUUUUGCAGAGAAUAUUUGACAGAUACCUUGCUAAUUAUUCUGCCCUUCAUGGGAAGGAGAACAAAUCACUGCUCCUCAUUUAAGACAGAAGUUCCUCUCUGAAAUAAUAAUGAUUAGGUUUUAGCUGACAGGGUAGUAUGCUGACAAUGUUUUAUCAAACUCAAAUCCUUUGUGAUUUAGUCCAUGACUAACUUUCCUCAAGGGCUUCUGCCUAUGUUUAAAAAAAAACCCGCAGUUGGUUUAUUGUUAUCAAAGAGUUUUUUUCUUUCAUUCAUAUUUAAAUAAGGUGAAAAUAGGAGAUAUGGAAAAGAAAAUUUCCUGCCUUCUUAUUUCAGUUAUUGAGAAAUUUGUUUCAAAAUUGCUGUGUAAAAUUUGACUUCACAAUGGAUCCCUGAAUGAAACAAAAGCUAAAUUGAAAAGAAGGCAACAAAGAAGUUCUAAGAGUGCUUCAUAGGAAAGAGGAAUUUUUGAAUAAGAUGCUGAAAUAAUAAAAAUCAAUGCAAAAAACAGCUAUCAACUGUUGCCUCACAAAAAGUGAAAAUGAUUUAAAGUUUUUCAUCCACAGUAUUUCCAUGAACCUGAGCAAGCAAAUCUUUGUUGUGAUUAUUCACAGAUGUUUUGUAUAAAGAAGUAACAGAGCAAUUUUAAGUGAUCAUCUUGUUCUUGUCUAUUGUCAUAUAUGUAUAUCAUUUAUAAAACAUGUCCAUUUAAAUUUGUACCAUAUGAACAAACUCUAAAAGAAAAUUCCGCAAGAGAAUAUGGGUCACAAGUUACUUGAAAUCUAUCUUUGAGAGUUUCUCUCUUUUCAGAAUAUACCAGGAAGAGGAAUAUUUCCAAACUUCACAGCAAAGAUCCAGAUUAAAUUUCUUUAGGAAUCAGAGAGAGAAUUUGGUGCACUGAAAAUGAUCAAAACCUAGUGCAGAAUGUGGGGAAAAUAUCAUAAAUAUUAGAGUCUUACAUCCUUAGAAAUCAUCCUAGUCACUUCUUGAAGCAAAAAUCUACUUCCUCAUUAAAAUGAUUUAUUCUCUCAUACUGAACUAUAGAGAAUCACAUCUCUGUUUUGUGAAUAAGAAGAUAAGCAUAAAAAGAUCAGAUGUCUUGCCCAAAGUUACACAAAAAGUCAGGGUUAAGUCCCUUGAGAUUCUGAUUUUUGAUUUACAAUUAACAGUGAUAAACCAUACUGUCACACUCAUGUCUCAGAAUUGGCAUUCACAUUCUACCAGCAUUCUUUUUCCAAAUUUAAAACAAAUGGAGUUUGAGUUUAUAGAACAUUUAAAUAAAAUUUUAUCAUGUCUUUUAAAAAAGGUAUUAACUCAUAGUAUUUUUCAGUCUGGUCACAAAUAGAUUAAAAGUAAUAGUGAUCAAAAUAAACCUAAUUAUUCUUGGCUUUGUUUAAAAAAAAAAAAAGGUUUUUUGUUUUGUUUUGUUUUUUUUAGUUAUCUGUCACCAAUCUAUUCAGAUGGUGCUUUUAACUUGGAGGUAAAAAAUUUUUACCAACUCUUCAACAAAUUGCCUUUAAAUCUAUAAAAAUCUGUAGACAAACCUUUGAAUUUCUUUGGAAAAUCAACAGCCCACGUUUCCUGUGGCUAUAAGCUCAUUUCCAAAUUCCAUGAACCAGUUCUUUACAUUUCAGAUUCUUUUUUAGAAGGGGUGGAGAGGUUGGAAGGAGGCUUCCUUUUCCCAGGCUGCCAGUGAAUGGCUUUUCUUUUUCUUCGCAUCAAAAUGCAAUGAUUUCUUUCAGAAUUCCUUAUUGCUUUACUUUUCUUCCCAACUCAUGGAUUCAUUGUUUGUGAAGUCACCACCCCCAUUUAAGCUCUUAUGUUACAAAUGCCACAGAAUCAUUGAACUAGAAGGGACUUUAUGAAUUUGAUGCAAACUGAAGUCCCUCCCUCUUCCCUUCAUUAUACAAAUGAGGGAAACUGAGACCCAGAGAAAGGAAGUAAUUUUCCAGAGUUCUUCCAUAAAUGGAUUCUAUUGUGCUUUAAAAAUAGAGACUUGAUUUAAAGAUUAAUUCAUCUAACUUGAAAAUCUACAUCCAGUCAAAGACAAGAAAAUAGUUUGUGGAAAAGGGAAUAUAUACCCUAAUAGCUUUUGGUUAAAUUCAUGUAAGAACAACUCAUGGAAAUGUUUUCAGAAAAAAUUACAAAGUUAUGCCAAACACAAUGAAAGUCAGAAAGCACAUUCUCUAUAUAAAUGCAGACAGUAACAUAGAAUGCUUAGAAUUCUUUGACAACAGAGUAAAAAUGCCUGAAAGUGGUCAAAAAUUUAAAAAAAUAAUGGCAGUUCAAUCAAAGUUUUGUGGUAGUUGCUUUUAUUUUAACCUAUGGCUCAGCACCUAAAUAACCAUUUAAUAAUGAACUAAAUUCUAUUGCAUGGUUAAUUGGUGGAAAAAUUACAAACCUCUGUUUGAAGUGAGAAGUUGGAAGAAGGGAGUGAGAAAUAAUAGUUUGUCAGAGUUUAUGCCUUUUUACACAUUUUUAAAGUAAUUUAAUACCAGUAAUCUGAUCCUCAAACAAUAGUUCCCUUGUGAGCCAAACUAGAAAGAUAGGUAGCCAUGGAUGUUCAAGGCUUACAAAAAUAACAGGAAAAGGGAGAGUUGUAGGUAUUCAUGGGAGGAUCAGUUAAUGAAACAGAUUGUAGUAGAACCAGUUUACAUAGAUUGCACUCCAUUCACAGGUGUUGUUAAAGGUAGUAGUUUGGCAUCUUGCCUAAUAAGCAGGUAACAACCUGUGAUUCAAACAUGCAUGUCUUUUGAAGAAAGAAAAGAUAAAACAAUCCAGUCUUGUAGGAAUCCUUAUACUAGCUCUAGACAAGCUUUUGGAGUAGUAUAAAUCAGGGUUAUCUGGAUAUGAAAAGAAACUGGGCUCUUUGACUUUCAAAACUUAUACUUCACAGUGUCUCACAAUAGAGAUGCUCAAUCUGAUAGAAAUACAACUUUCAAAGAGUGCUAGAUUGGACUCCGUUCAAAUUUCUCAUUAACCACUAAUUAAUUCUACAUCAAAGGCAAAAUACCAUUUUAGAUAAUCUGAUGUUUUUAAUGUAAGCAUUUUAAAAUAUGAUACUUAAGAUUCAGAUUCAAUAUGUUUGGAACAUCAGAAAUAAAAAUCCUUAAAUUUUAUUAGUUCUUUGGUGUUUCAGGUGUGGGAUAGCUCAUAGGAUAAGCUGGAAUAAGCUAAAAAAAAUUCAAUUGCUUUGAUGGUUUGAAAUUAGCUAGGCUACUGUAAAGCAUUGCCAUGCAUUAUAUAUAGUUUUUUUUUUCUUCAUUAGGGAACAAAAGGUAUUAAAAUUGGGCAGAAGAUGAUAGACAAUAAUAAGCAAUGAGGAAAUUUGGAGUUUUGAUAGAGUAUCUAUUCAAUGCCCACAUCAAAUAAUGAUACUUGAGGAGGUGUUUUUACUCCCAUUAGUGGGAUAAAAGACCUCCUGAAAAGCCUGGAGAUAAGACCUUAUGGGUUUGGCCUGAAUACCCACAUGGUAUAUCCCAGUUUCCAUUUGUAAGGCAUUUAAAUGAAACCAAGAGGGAUCGAGUAGAAAAUAUUAGUGUCUAACUGGUCCCUCUUCUUCUGGAUGAUACCAUUCAUUCUUAAGAAAAAAAACCCUUUAAAAAUACAGAAACAGAUUCAAGACAACACAAGCCUAUUUACCCACUCUCAGACUGGUAGAGAGCGAAAGCAAAAGCUGCACAAAUUAUAUACUGUGCAUUGUACCAAUGUAAGUAGAACUAUCUGCAUAUAAUGUGGUUUAAUUUAUUGUCAUUUUGUGUAGAAAGUAUUAAUGACUGUGGAUAUAAUCUUUGUUUAUUUAUGUGAUAUAUUUUAUUUCUGGUACAAGUUGAGCAUUUGAAGUAUCUACUUCAUUUGCUAUGUUGACUUGUGUGUAUAUGUUCUUGUAAAUGUUUCUUUUAAGCAAGAAUGUCACAUACCCAGAGUAUAAUAAUAUGUUCACAUUAAAAAGAUAUCCCACAGAGAACUUAAAA